AUGGUUUUUCAACGCUCGAUCUCGGCCUCCGUGGCCACAUCAAUCUCCUCGUGCAACCUGGCCAUCUUCUACAUUCCCGCCAUAUUUCAGCUUGGGGAUAAAUUCGUUCCGCAUAAGCUCCUCUCCGUGGUGUUCGCUGUGGCCGGCGUCACCGUGAUGGCGUUCGACGGCGAGAUCUCCGGCGAGGUGCCCGGCAUCGUGUUGUCGGUCAUCUCCGCGGCAUCGGCCGCUUGUUAUAAAGUGUGCUUCAAGCGGGUCAUUGGGAGUGCCUCUUUUCCGCAGGUGUCCUUGUUCAUGACGUGCCUCGGCACCCUGAACUUGUUCAUCAACGCCGGUAUCGCCUUUGGGCUCCUCUUGACCCCAUGGGAAUGGAUGGAGAUCUCGGCCGUGCCCUGGGCGCCACUUUUUGCAGCCGCCAUUUUGAGCCUGUUGUUCAACUUCACCAUCAACCUCGGCAUCGCCAUCCUGCACCCGUUGGUGAUCUCGGUCGGGAUGUUGGUCGGGAUCCCGUUGAAUACAGCGAUCGACGUCGUCUUCCGCUCCGUCGAACCGACCGUCUUCUUCUUGACGGGUAAGCAAAGGGUUCUGCAAUUUACAAGCACC